CAUUUUCGUAACCGGAUUAAAGAAAUCCUAAUCCCGGAUAAGGACUGAGCAAACUCCACACCCAAAAUCGUACGCAGUCCGACUCUCCUUUCCCAUUCCCACCGUCUUAAACGCAGAAGGCACUGCCUGAAACCAAGCGUUGGAAGACUUUUCUCUCGUCAAUGGCGGAGGUUUCGUAUCUUCAUCUCCACGAAGAAGACGCAGAUCUAGACCAACCUGAAGACAUCGUCACCCUCGAAUCCCUUCCAUACUGGGCCCACGACCUCAACUCUUUUGACAUCCCGGAGAUCGCACCCUCCGAUCACUCCCUCCACACCCAGAUCGCCGUUGAUGCUUCUGAUUUCUACGAAUUCGAAUCUUCGGUUCAGUUUCGAGGCGUCGAUGAUGUUUCGGAGCCCGAUUCGAUCACUACCGUCGACCUCUUCGACCGCGAGAACCAGGUGAGCUUCGUCAUGGAUCUGUUUCAGCAACGCGUUGAACAGUCGCGCGUCAUGGUUGAGAGCGAUCUAAGCUUGGAAACUGUCAAUGAUCCGAGUUUUGAUGGGAAUGUUGAAAUUGGUUGUAAUCGUUUUGAGCUAGAUGUAGGGUUAGGGUUAGGGUUAGGGCUCGGCGUUGUGGAGAGACAUGAGUUAGAGGAUGAGAAUUGCGGUUUUAUGGUGGCGGAUUGCGGGGAUGACUUUUUUGUACGAAGAAGGGUUUCUAGGUCUGAAGCUGGUGAAUCGUCGACUGUAUCUAGGCGCGAAUCGCAUGCUGCGGGCGUGCGGAUUCAUGGGUUUGGAUCCGACUCCGACGAGGAUGACGAUGAAAAUGGUGCUGUGGGGAUUGGAUUGCACUCGGAGGACGAGAGCGAUAACGAUUACGAUUUGGAUCGUGUACACGGUGACGAUUCGAGUCUCCCUCUGUGUUGGGAUUCUCUCCAACUGGAAGAUCAGAGGGAGAAUAAUGAAGAUUUUGAGUGGGAGGAGGUCGACGGUAGGGUUGAUGAGAGAGAAGUAUUGAGCAUGGUAAUCGAUGCCGACGACGAUGGGUCUGUUUCCAUUUCACCCGCAGUUGCUUCUGAGCAAGAGCUGAGAGUUGAGAGGGUUGGGGGAUUGGGGAAUUUAGGGUGGGAAGUUUUGUUGACAGCCGAUAAUUUGGACAGGAACCCAGAAACAGAACCAUAUUUGGGGGAUCACGAUGACUACAUUUACACAGCGGAGUACGAAAUGCUGUUUGGGCAAUUCGCAGAGAAUGAAAAUGGCUUCAUGGGGGGUCGGCCGCCGGCGUCGAAAUCCGCGGUUGAGAAUCUUGUUUCUCUGGUAAUGAGGGAAGAAGAUGUUGGGAAGAGCAAUGCGGUGUGUGCAGUUUGCAAGGAAGAGAUGAAUGUGGGCGAGAAAGCGAGCGAGCUGCCAUGCUCGCAUCGCUACCACGGUGAGUGCAUCGUGCCAUGGCUGGGAAUUCGGAACACCUGUCCUGUAUGCCGGUAUGAGUUGCCGACGGAUGAUCCUGAGUAUGAGCGGAGGAGGAUCACCCAAAGAGCUGCUCAUCGCCCGUGAUGUGAUAGUUGAUGGUAAAUUUCAAUAUCAUUAUUUUCAAUUCUGAAAUUUUCUUGGGCAUUGUUAGGUUUGCAUGAUGAUGCAGAUAAUGUUUAUUUGACUCCCAUCGAAGGGUUCAAUGAAAUUGUUGAUAGCUUCAUGCAUAUUUUGGUUGAGAUCUUGUAUAGAUGUUUUUGUUGCUAGGCUCUCUUUUUAUUUUUUUAAACUCUUCUUUUGAGUUGGAUAUACUUAGUUGGAUGGAAAUUGAUAAUAUUGUUUUUAUUAUUAA